AUGGCCGGUCAGGCGCCACCAUCGAGGUUCCCACGGACGCCGAGCUGCUGCAGGCACAGGCUGACCUGUGGCGCCACAGCCUCUACUACCUCACGUCCAUGGGGCUCCGCUGCGCCAUCAAGCUCGGCAUCCCGACCGCCAUCCACCGCCUUGGCGGACGAGCACCACAGCCAGACGUCCUUCGUGCUCGCCGCGACGUCGCCCUUCUACACGGAGGCCGCGCUGGGGCUGGCCGAUUGGUUCAGGAAGGACAUCACGGGGCCGGUGCCGUCGCCGUUCGAGGACGUGCAUGGCGCGUCGCUCUUCGACGAGAGCACGGCGCUCCUGGACCAGGAGCUCGACGAGCUGGUCACCGAAGGUUUGGCCGCCCAUGACAACCUCGGGAUUGGCACGAUCAUGCGAGAGUGCCAUGACCUCUUCAAGGGACUCGAGUCCCUUACAGAUUGCUGCGGUGGCGAUGGGACGACGGCGAGGGCCAUCACCAAGGCCCAUCCGCAUGUCAAGUGCAUCGUGCUGGACCUUCCCAAGGUGAUCGACAAAGCUCCUUCUGACGGGAUUGUCAACUAUGUUGCUGGUGACUUGUUCCACUCCGUCCCAAAGUCUCAGGCGGUGAUGCUCAAGCUUGUCCUGCACCACUGGAGUGAUGAGGACUGUGUGAAGAUCUUGUCCCAGUGUAGGGAUGCCAUUCCUUCACAUGAGGAGGGAGAAAAGGUGAUCAUUAUAGAUAUUGUGGUUGGGCCUUCAUUAGGACCAGUAAUGUUUGAGGCCCAGCUUUUGAUGGACAUGCUCAUGCUUGUGAACACAAGAGGCCGUCAACGUACUGAGAAUGACUGGCGUGAGCUCUUCAUGAAGGCAGGGUUCAGUGACUAUAAAAUUGUCAAGAAACUGGGAGCACGAGGUGUCUUUGAGGUCUAUAAGUGA